GUUAUUGUAGCUAGCUCCUUUAGCACAUCGGCUAGCCGCCGCAACGCUGCUGCCUUCUGCCGCUACGCUCUGCCGCAAAGGGGACUUUGUAACCUUCUCACUCCCCCGGGCGACACGAUCCGUCUCUUUACGGCUUUAACUCAACAUUGCUAACUUAUCAUGAUCAAUUCCAACCGAACGGCUCGUUAAUCGUCGGCGUGAUUGUAGAUUUUGCGAGCGGUUUGGCGGGACUGACCGGGGUUAACAAUACGGGAGCUAAGCGGCUAAAGCUAGCGUCGAAACAGGCCCCCUUUUUCAGGACGCGAACGCAGCUAGCCUAGCACUACUGCGGCUGUCAUGGAAGACAAAUCUUUCACCAAGGAAUUAGACCAAUGGAUCGAGCAGCUCAACGAGUGCAAGCAGCUUUCAGAAGGCCAAGUCAGGACACUCUGUGAGAUGGCCAAGGAGAUUCUGACCAAGGAGUCCAACGUCCAGGAGGUGCGAUGCCCAGUGACGGUGUGCGGCGACGUGCACGGCCAGUUCCACGACCUCAUGGAGCUGUUCAAGAUCGGCGGCAAGUCCCCCGACACCAACUACCUGUUCAUGGGCGACUACGUGGACAGGGGCUACUACUCGGUGGAGACGGUCACCCUGCUCGUCACGUUAAAGGUGCGCUUCCAGGAGCGGAUCACCAUCCUCCGAGGAAACCACGAGUCUCGGCAGAUCACGCAAGUGUACGGCUUCUACGACGAGUGCCUGAGGAAGUACGGCAACGCCAACGUCUGGAAGUACUUCACAGACCUGUUUGACUACCUGCCGCUCACCGCGCUGGUUGAUGGACAGAUCUUCUGUCUGCACGGGGGUCUGUCGCCCUCCAUCGACACCCUAGACCACAUACGAGCUCUGGACCGCCUGCAGGAGGUCCCGCAUGAGGGCCCCAUGUGCGACCUGCUGUGGUCGGACCCCGACGACCGUGGCGGGUGGGGCAUCUCCCCCCGAGGUGCGGGCUACACCUUCGGGCAGGACAUCUCCGAAACCUUCAACCACGCCAACGGCCUCACGCUGGUGUCCCGCGCCCAUCAGCUGGUCAUGGAGGGCUACAACUGGGGCCACGACAAAAACGUAGUCACCAUCUUCAGUGCUCCAAACUACUGCUACCGCUGCGGGAACCAGGCGGCCAUCAUGGAACUGGACGACACCCUCAAGUACUCUUUCCUUCAGUUUGACCCCGCCCCCCGCCGUGGCGAGCCCCACGUGACCAGACGCACUCCCGACUACUUCCUGUGAAUGUUCCACGCCAACCCCCGCCCCCCCCUCUUACUGUACCGAGAAGAAAAGAAGAAGCGAUUGGCUGGGCAAAAACAUACCCAAGAGUUAAACUUAGCGCCGCCCCGCCCGUCCCCUCGCCCCGCCCCCACACACAGUGGUGUUUUCACUCUGCCGUCAUUAACGCUGUGCUUCUGGAGUUUAAAAAAAAAACCUACACGUGCAACCAAGAUGUUACUUCUGUUUUUUAGUUUGUUGGUUUGUUUCACAUGUUUUUAAGACAACAUAAUAAAACUUCCAAGGUGGACCAAAUGUGCCAUA